GUGAGUAUCAUGAUCUUUAUCUUAAAAUUGAUGUACUAAGCCUAGCUGAUAUCUGGACAGUGUUUCGAAAAAUGUCUAUGGAAUAUUAUGAGCUUGAUCUGAGUUAUUAUGUUUCUGCUCCAUCACUAUCCUGA